AUGGGGACUGUUUGCAUAAAAAGAUAAUCAAGAUGUGAUGGGAGCCUCAACUAUCCGAUUAUUAAAAAACUUAUGAAAUUUCAGCCAGACAAGCAAUUUCCUCUUGCAAAACCUCAUUGUCAUUCAAACAUGGCUGAAGAAACUUAUGAGAUGAAUUAUUUGGAAAUAAUUCUGAAUUUUCAAGAGAUUCCAAAAAAAAAAACCUAGGGGUAAAAAGCGAUUCCAUUCACUCUGAUAUAAGAUUAAUAAUAAUAGAAGACUUAAGAACAACAAGUUACUGCGGAACAUGAAUUGAAGGAAUCCAUUUUAGAAAAAUAGUAAACAGAAAAAGGCUUGAAAAUAAAUAGAAGUGUAACAUAAAACUCAAUUCAUCAGGAAGUGUUGGAUGACUGUUCUGUUAUUUUGAAUAAAAACUAAGCUGGCUCAGAUACACAAACAAUAAGAAGCAUUCUUAAGACGAAUAAAUCAAAAUCUCAUAAAUCGGUGCCAAAAGUAAAUUAGUCUAAUUCUUAAAAAAAAGUUUCUUUUGAGCCUAGAUUAUUAAAGUAAAAAAAUCGUAAUUUUUUUAUGUGA